AUGUAUGCAAUUGAAACCAAGCUCGAUUCCCUACUUAGCUUACCCGGAAAAGUUCAGUCAAUCGAGGAAUCUGUUCAGGUGAUUUCGGAUAAGUUUGACCAGUUUCAAACGCGACUACUUGCCCAAGAAAAAUCAACAAAAGAACUGGAAAAACGUGUUGGAAUCCUUGAAAACUCUAGCCUUAAAGAAGUUGAUCAGCUCAGACUAGACGUUGAUAACUUAGAAUGGCGCAGCCGUCGUCUUAACAUCGAGAUACAUGGCAUUCAAGAAACAGAAAACGAAAACUUGAUCGAAAAGGUAAACAGUAUUGCAGAUAAGAUUUGCCAACCACAUAUAACGAAGGAUGAAGUCACCGCUGUGCACAGACUUGCAGCGAAGCCGGGAAAGACGCGUGGGAUCAUAAUUCGCUUUGCAAGGCAGGAACAGCGUGAUUCCUGGCUUGCAAACAAAAAAGAGUUAAAGAAAGAAAGUGGAAAUGUGUACAUCUGCGAGAAUAUGACUCGACUUUCCCGCGAACUUCUGUUUACAACUAAGGAUUGGGCAAGGAGCGCUGGAUAUGCGUUUGUUUGGCAUACAAAUGGUAAGGUGUUGGUGCGAAAGAAAAAUGGUGAACGUGCAGUGGUUAUCAGAAGUGUGCGCGAUUUGGAGGACUUGAAGUAA